AGAAAUUCUCAUGUGGCCGGGCCUAGAUCCAUGAAGCUAGGAAAGCGUGGCUCGGCCUGCCACCACUUAGAGAAGCCAACGUUAAAGGCAAUGAGUUUAUUCAGGAGUCCUGCUCCAGGACCAGUGAGCUCUUUUAGGGGGUGGGGCGGCGCUGAUGGCACUCCCGGCCUCCGAACGCUAGGGAACGCUGUGAUCGCCGUCUCGCCUGUUGGGCGCGGGGUUCACUGCGCAAGCGCAAUCAGGGCUUUUUCCCCCGUCCCCACGUGUGAACCUUCCCGGCAAGGUUUUCGAGAAAAAUGCCCAAAUUCAAGGCGGCCCGCGGGGCCGGGGUUCAGGAAAAACAUGCGCCCCUGGCCGAGCAGAUCCUGGCUGGGGACGCGGUGCGGGCAGGGGCCCGGGAAAAGCGGCGGGGCCGUGGAACCGGAGAAGAGGAGGAAGAGUAUGUGGGGCCCCGGCUGACCCGACGGAUUUUGGAGCAAGCGCGGCAGCAGCAGGAGGAGCUGGAGGCCGAGCAUGGGACCGGGAACCGGCCCUCGGUGCCGCGGGAGCGCACCACGCGGCUGGGUCCGGGAAUGCCACAGGAUGGGUCAGAUGAUGAGGACGAGGAGUGGCCCACCCUGGAGAAGGCUGCUACGAUGACAGGGGCAGGCCACCAUGCAGAGGUGGUCGUGGACCCUCAGGACGAGCGUGCCAUGGAGAUGUUCAUGAACAAGAACCCUCCUGCCAGGCGCACCCUGGCUGACAUCAUCAUGGAGAAGCUGACGGAGAAGCAGACGGAAGUCGAGACGGUCAUGUCAGAGGUGUCAGGCUUCCCGAUGCCCCAGCUGGACCCCCGGGUCCUGGAAGUCUACAGGGGGGUCCGGGAGGUGUUAUCUAAGUACCGCAGUGGGAAACUGCCUAAGGCAUUUAAGAUCAUCCCCGCGCUCUCCAACUGGGAGCAAAUCCUCUACGUCACAGAGCCGGAGGCCUGGACUGCAGCUGCCAUGUACCAAGCCACGAGGAUUUUUGCCUCUAACCUGAAGGAACGGAUGGCCCAGCGCUUCUACAACCUUGUCCUCCUCCCCCGGGUACGAGAUGACAUCGCUGAGUACAAACGACUCAACUUCCACCUCUACAUGGCACUCAAGAAGGCCCUGUUCAAGCCUGGAGCCUGGUUUAAAGGGAUCCUGAUCCCACUGUGCGAGUCAGGCACCUGUACCCUCCGGGAAGCCAUCAUCGUGGGUAGCAUCAUCACCAAAUGCUCCAUCCCUGUGCUGCACUCCAGCGCGGCCAUGCUGAAAAUCGCCGAGAUGGAAUACAGCGGUGCCAACAGUAUCUUCCUGCGACUGCUGCUGGAUAAGAAGUAUGCGCUGCCCUACCGGGUGCUGGACGCCCUGGUCUUCCACUUCCUGGGGUUCCGGACUGAGAAUCGCGAGCUGCCUGUGCUCUGGCAUCAGUGCCUUCUGACUCUGGUCCAGCGCUACAAGGCAGACCUGGCCACAGAUCAGAAGGAGGCCCUCCUGGAACUGCUCCGGCUGCAGCCCCAUCCACAGCUGUCCCCCGAGAUCAGGCGUGAGCUUCAGAGUGCAGUCCCCCGAGAUGUGGAAGAUGUUCCCGUCACCAUGGAGUGAGGAAACAGUCACUCGUCCUGGUCCAAGGGGCGUUGGGAGGACACUAGGAUCCUUGUUGGUGACUAAAGGUGACACUGAGCCUUUACAGCUGAAGACCCAAAUCAGGGCAGCAAGAGGUCACGGGCAUCUGACUCCCCGGUACUUGACAAGGAGGACUGAAGGUCUGGCUGGCUCCCUCUUCGAUUCUAGGCCUUCAUUCCUGCUCAGUUCUGGGACCUGACUUAAGAUUCCACACCCCAGCAUUCCUACUCCCCGGCUGAGGCUUGGAAUAAGUACUUUCUCUCAGGCUGUUGUGUCCAGUCACUGGGAUGUGGAUAAAAACAAAGGCAGGUAUUUAUUGAA